CUAACCACACUUCUGACAUAAACAUCACACAGUGUUUACGCGAUUAAACCUCCUCUACCUGCUGUGGCCGGAAACGAAGGUGUCGGAAAGGUUAUCGAAUGUGGUUCGAAAGUUAAAGAUCUCUCAGUCAACGAUAUGGUUAUCCCUGUAAUACCUGCUUCUGGCACAUGGCAGACGCACACUUCCGGAAAGUCUACCGACUUUUUUCGCUUACCAUCUUCUCUGCCACCUGCUCAUGCCGCAGUGUGUCGAGUGAAUCCCGCCACCGCCUUACUCAUGCUAACUGACUUCGUCAAACUUCGCCCCAAUGAUGUGAUGAUUCAGAAUGGGGCCACCAGUGCGGUUGGCAUUUACGGAAUACAAAUGGCCAAACAUUUGGGCGUGAAAACAAUCAACCUGUUUCGUCCGAGGAGUUCCCCUGAAGCGACAGAAGCCACGCGUCAGGUGUUGCUGGACUACGGAGCCACUUGGGCCCUGACAGAAGCCGAGUUUGCCGAUUCCACCAAUCCGAUGACGAAAGACGCCAAAUCGGCCGGACAAGUACAACUUGGACUGAACUGCUUGGGCGGCCGACCUACCUUGACAAUCAUGAAGGUAUUGGCCGAUGGCGGAACCUUGGUUUCCUAUGGUGCAAUGACUCGAUCCCCCAUGCCUAUUCCUGUUUUUCCCCUCAUCUUUCAUGACAUUCGUCUCAGAGGAUUUUGGGUGACGGGGUGGUUGCAGCGCGCCAGCUCUGAUGAGACCACUCGUCUGUUCACGCAGAUUGCCGAGUGGUUCUCACAAGGCAUUCUUCGGCCUUCCCCUUUCUUGGAAGUUCCCUUUAGUGAUUGGAAGAAGGCCAUCUCCCUCACUGCCUUCAGUGACUCUGGUCCAAGUGGGAUAACGAAAAAGAUUAUUUUAAACAUGGAGUAAAUAAUAUCCACUAGUUCUUAAUUCCUAUUCCUCAUCUUCACCUCGACUUUUUGUAAUAUCCAUCUUUAAUACAUCCAUCUGUACAUUUAAAAUCUGAAGCAAUAAAACAGCUGAAGUAAA